AUGCCAUCUUUCUACUUUUUUCUCGGUUUUACAAUCCUACGCACGGUUUGUUUACAGUGGGCGAAUAGUAUCCAACCCGACGUAGAAACAAAUCUCGAUUUUGCCUCCAUUCCGGGUCAUUUGGAAGAGCUUGGCGCGAAGAACACAAAACGUUCUGUCAAAGUGAUUCAAAGUUUUCCAGACCCUGAAACAUUUUUCAGAACAUACGUGGACGGAAGUAAACCAGUUCUGAUCCAAAAUGGAGCAAAAAUGUCGUCGGCAUUUGAAAAGUGGACGGAUGAGUAUUUCUUGUCGCUUCCCGAAUCGAGCGAGCACAAAAUCCGGGCGGAACAAAGAAAGAAGGAGAAGAGAACAGUUCCUCCAGAGGAAAUGUCCUUUAGUGAUUUUGUCAAGACGUACACAGAAAAGGAUAUCUAUAUGGUCAGCAGUGUUCCUGAAUUUAUAAGGUGGGUUAUUGAAUUAAGUUUUGUUUACAAAUCAUUGUAAGCCUCGGUAUAAAAGAAGUUGAUUUAUGCGUUUUCACUAAGAUGAAUGACGAGCUAUUGUUGCACUCUGCUAAUAUAAUCGUUUACAGUUGACUGAUUUUGUAGUAAUAUUUUCUGUUUGGUUCCAAAAUAGCUUGUUAUUAAAGGAACCAUAUAGGGUCACUUCUGUAGGGUCACUUCUGUGCUAAAACUUAAGUUGGGCCAACUUUCUAAAGUUUAAGUCCAUGUCCAUCCUUACCAUCUGUAGCAAAAGCAAAUAGGAAGAGUUUCAAUGCCUACAGUUAGCCUAUAAAACAGCCGAUAUUUCGCGACGCUACCACUGGUUUCCCCGCGACUGAAUGACUUCUGAGAAACGAGCGCAGAAAUUCCAUACUGAUGACGCGUCACUAUCCAGAUCUGAAUACUGCCUUUGAUUGGUCGUGCCGCGUGAGAAGUUUGCUUCAGUCAAUCAGAAGCACUUCCCAGAUCUGGAUAGUAACACGUCAAUAGUAUGGAAUUCUCCGCUCGUUUCUCAGACAUCAUUUCGUGGGGAAACCAGUGGUAGAAAUGUCGGCUGUUUUCUCAGACUAAAAUAUAGUCUAAAAUAACAAAAGUGGACCAUUAUUUGUGGAUGUCAAAGCACUUUUUAGCUUUUUUGAAAGAUAGCCGAAAUAAAAGUUAGGCCACCGCUCAACCUCUCGUGGUACUAACUGUUAACAUAUCCCUCAGUUACGGGUUACAUAUACAAAACGAGAAAUUGACUUUUUUCACAGGGUGUUUUACGAUCCUAAGGGCUCCAAACGUCCUUUUCCAAAAACGCUAAGAUGCGAAAAUAAACCACCUCCGCAGUUUUGCCUCAUUGUUGGGUAGUUAUAGCACAAGAGCACUUUAAUUAGAAAAAAAACACUUAAGCUUUUUUCCACGUUACUUUGUUCAGUGUAUUCAUUUACGUUUGUAUUCAAUCAUGUGUGUAUUUCUAGCCUAGCAACUAGACAUAAGCGCAGUAAAAUAAUCCUUGAACAACAAUGAUUAUGGUCCAGAGAUGCAAGUAAGACCAAGUAAUGGCAAAUCUAGCAAAAAAUGGCCACGGGGUUGGCGUAAAUCCAAAUGGCAUGUUAUUGCACACAAAAGCAAAAAUGGCAAAUGUCUCGAAAAAAGAAGCAGAUUCCUCUGCAUGAAAUUUGCUGUGCUUGGCUUGGGGCAAAAGGCAGUAAUUACUUCUUUAUUUUUAUAUCAUGUAGGAAAGACAUAGUACUUCCUCCCCCUCUGUUGUGCAGAGAUAUCACAGAAGCGGACAUGAUAGCCGACGCGGUAAGUAAUAACCAGUUGAUAUCAGUGCAAUAUAACAAUAUGUAUAUAUAUAUGUAUCAUCCCAUAGCUGCCACCUGCCCAAGUGAUAUGGUCGUGCGCGUACGUAAGGUAUUGGCCAACAGGGGAUUACCGCGCGGCUGUAUAGUGUGACCAUUUGGACCAAGGGUAGCACUUAGCACUGAAAAGUGUAAGCGCUAUAUAAAUAUUUUAUUAUUUUAUUAUUUUUAUUAUAAUUUUAUUAUUAUUAUUAUUAUUAUUAUUUUUGUAUUUUUAUUAUUUUUUUUAAGGGUAAGGGAGCUUAAGGGGUUGGACCUCCGUUCGGAGCCUCUCCGUAUAAUUUUUUUGUUUAUCCCCCCGGACUUAUUGAACUCUUUCAGUGUUAUUGUCCUUCUUACAGUAUAUUCUCUCUUAUUACAGGUGAUGUGGUUUAGCAGUGGAGGAACCAAAUCUGUCUUACACCUUGACGAUGGACUUGAUAAUAUCAACUGUUUGUUCAGAGGGACUAAGGAACUAUUAUUUAUUGAUUACCAAAAGUACAAACACGUGGUACGCUAACUCAUUUAACAUCGUAUUUUAUAUACUACACUUACAAUACAUCCUCUAGAAUGGCCCGCUGAUAGCCAGAGGGAGGCGCUAUUUUGUCCAAUGGGCCAUUUCCGAGUUGCCCUAGCCUUUGUUUGAAAGCGAAGCUGAGUAAAUAAGUUUUAAUUCUCAUGCAAAUAAAAAUCAUUUUCCCAAGAAAGGUUUUCUCGGAAAUAGCCAAUUCCCCCUCCCACGUUGAGUACUUCUACCGAUCUAAAAUAACUUCCCAGCUCGUUCUGAUAUAGGCUUUCAAAAAAGUCCUUCGUUCGAUUCUUCGUCGCUUGGUUGACCGCUUCGCGGCCUAAAGAGUUCGCUCCGCUCGCUAAGAAACUCGUGAGGUCGACUUGUAGCAAGACUAGGGACCUUAAGCAAAGACGACGACGACGGCUGUUAAAACGUCGCUAAAAAAAUGAAUUUGCGUUCUUUGAAAGUUGAUCGGACGCCAUCUACCGUCGACGCCAUAAGUGGAUUUAGUUUGUUGUUGGUUCUCUUCUUUGAUUGCUCCGAGAGGUUUUUCUCCUUCCGGUUUUCCCAUCUCCCCCCCCCCCCCCCAGUCAAAAACCAACAGUUUCAAAUAGACCUGUCACGGUUUUCGACGCCAUCUUGACGAGUAGGCAAACGCGUGAGAAAUUACAGUGUUUGUAUGAGAAUCUAAUUUCGAAUAAUUUCCAUAAAAUCGCUGUUCUGAAAAAAAUAUGAUUUGUAAACUAAAGCUUCAUUCCUAAGGACUCUACUGAAAAAAAUUGAGGGCGUUACAUGCACUAAAAGACCUAGAACCACUUUUUAAAUUUGCUAUACAUUUGUCUGUAAGAAAGUCCCGGGAAAAAUUACAGACAAAUAUAUGGAAAAUCUAAAGCAACCCUCUGGAGAAAUUUAAGCACAGGUACGCCCCCCAAAUUUUUUAGGACAGUCCUUUACUUUGUAGCUUUAGUUUACAAUUGAUAUUUUUUUCAGAACAGCCGUUUUAUGGAAAUUAUUCGACAUUAGAUUUUCAUACAAACACGGUAAUUUCUCACGCGUUUGCCUACUCGUCAAGAUGGCGUCGAAAACCGUGACCAGGUCUAUUCCAAUUCAACCAGGAAUCAUGUAGACAAAGAAGCACUACGUGGAUGUGCUGCCUUUGAAUUCUUAUUUAUUGCUGUUUAUCUUCUAUUCACGCUACUGUCGAGUACUUUGCAUGACGAUGGUCUUAUACGAAGAUUUUGGAUUAAGAAAGUUGUUCAGAGUGGAUUUUAUUUCAGCUCUUCCUAGGACAUCUCAAAUUUAGAGAGGAAAUCAUUGAAAAAACUUGUUUUGAAAACAGAUUUUGGAUUGAUGAAGAAAUGUUAGACUCCUUAACGAUUUUCAUAAUUGAAUAAUUAUCAGUUCCCGGGUUGAUUACGAACAAAUGACCAGCUGCCAGUUGACUCGCCAGCUCAAUUUGGUGCGCCUCACCGGUAUCGCAGUGGUCAGGGUGUCGAAUCCCGGCAAGCAUAAGAUUUUUUCAGACUUUGUUUUUGCAACAGCAUAAGCUGCGUUUUUGACUGGGAUGAUCUUCUCUGCAUUUUAUACUUCUUCAUACCUCAAUUCAAGUAUAUGAAACUUUUCUAGUGAAAAAUGGUAAAAUGAAGCUUUCCGGGAAGUCUAUAUUUUGAAAAUACGUGAAAAACCUUUAAGGCAUAUCUCGUAUUCUUAAAAAGUCGUCCUCGUCCUUGAAUCUAAAGGUCUCUAUUUGCUGGGUAAUAACCAAUUUUUCUAAAUAUGAAAUAAUAUUUCUUUAAAGGUUCCCAUUGAUUUUCCGGCGGAGGGCUAUUCCGGUGUUGACGUAGACAGGUAUAUAUAUGAAGACUAUACACUUUUAUUUUUAUUCAUCCUAAAUAUUCCUCUCUCUUUGAUUUGCUUAAGUCCCACAGCUAGUUCUUCAUACUGAAUUAUAGUUGGUGAAAUUUGAAAGGUAUUUGUUUUUAUUUUGCGAUUGACAUCAACGGUAAAAUAUCAGAUAGGAUAUCAUCUGAGCUGUUUGCUGUGUUUGGUGGAGUUGUAAAAAAAUGGCGGACGAUUACACACCUUAUGCGUAGAUGAAAUAACCGAGACAGAACAUGAUAUAUAGCACUCAAAAACCAGACCACCAAGUUGAGAAAGUUGUAAUCGCUGAAGUCUAAGAUAGAAUCUUCAGCGGUUCUCGGAAAGUCAAUUUUUAAGAAGGAUAAACUCAUUCUCACCGAGAGAAAGUCCCAUUAUUCUUUAUUUCUCUGACAUUAUAUUGAAAUUUAUUUGGUGUGCGCAAUGCGUGGCGGUCGGGAAAAAUCGGAUGUGCUUAAGCAAGCGGCGAGGAGCCCGGUCAUUCUCAUAUCGUCGCGAUAUUUUUUUGGUGCUUUAAAACGAAAGCAAGAAACAAGUUUUGUGAUCUGGCUUAUCACUUUUGUUGUUUGGCACAAUCUAACCGCCAUGAUAAGCUAGCAAAAAAAUUAGUUCAUUCUCGCAAGGAGCCUAGUCUAAGGUAACCCUGUUCUCGCCCCAGACCCUCGAUCAUGUUUCUCUUUUCUAGGGGCACGAGUGUCUAGGGUGGAGAAUGUAGAUUUGCGAGUAGCUUUGCAACUGUUUUGUUUCUUAGAAAAGUUGUUAUUGGUGUUGUAUUUGCGUCUUUAGGGUGGACUUUGAGAAAUAUCCUGGACUUAUUGACGUGGAAUAUUACAUUGUGACUAUGCAGGCAGGGGAUUGUCUGUUCAUUCCCCAAAGAUGGUAAUUAUUCUAUUCACUUGAGACCUAGAAAAACUGGAUUUGAAAUAUAACGCCGAAUCAUUGCAUUGUCAGCCCGAAUCAUCUUUUCACGCAGUACAUUCGAACUACCGAGUGAUUUCGAGGGACAAACAAAACACUAAGAACAAUAAAAAACAAUUGAAAUAGGUAAUAAAAAUUAAGUUUUAGAGACUACAAUUUUGAGGGUGUCCUUACUUUUGGCCAGAGGAUAUUUUACAUUUUGAGCUGUUUUGGAUAAGGUGCCCAAUGAAUUCUGAUAGGUAUACAAAAAAAUAUUGUAGUCGUGAGAAUCGCAUAUUGCAAUCAUUGACAUUGCAGAAUUAAUGAAGAUUAUCCGAAAGUAUUGUUCACGCCAAUUUACGACCGUCUCGUGACAUUUUGCGAAAAAAAUAGGUACUAGUACCUACUUUAUUUGUUGCUGCCGUGUCCACACUAAUGCAUUUUCUUUGUCAUCGAAAACGCAUCGAACGAUUCGUGUCCAUGCGUGAUUCAUGCGAUCUCGACUGUCCACAAAACGGUAUAGAAUCGCUCGUUGUGACGUAAGUUGAACUCUUUGCGCAUGCUACAAACGUACGCGCCUGCGAUAUUUUCGGUCAUCCUUUUCACUCGAUACGUCUUCGACCGUCUACACUAAUACGAUAUGUAUGCAUUUCCGUUUUGAUCCACUUAGUUUCAAAAGCGUUUUCAAAUCGAUGCGUUUUCGAUGAAAACUCUCAGCAUAUUAGUGCGGACGGAAGGCCUAAACGCGUCGAAUUGUAUGCGUUUUCAAACGAAAACGCAUUAGUGUGCGCGGAGCCUAAGGCCACUCUUCUUUUACCCUAGACAAUGAUUUCACUGAAACUCGGCAACAACUAGCGAAUUUGUUGAUGCUGAGAAUGUCUAAAAACCUGACACUAUCAAUAUGAGUUUGUCUUCCUUUUGAAAGGUUUCAUCAAGUGCGGUCGUACGGACGAAACAUAGCUGUGAAUCUAUGGUGGCAUCAUUUUCCGAAGUUCAUACCACAGUACUGCGAUGGAAUGGAACCGAAUCAGACGCUAGAAAAGUUCAAUUUUACCUCACUUGAUGAGUUAAUGGAGUCAAGAGAACUUGACAUGUUGUAA